UGUUGAUCUUCUCGCAUUCGGUUCAUGUACAAUUUUUCGGUUUUUAUCGUUAAUUGUUCUUUCAUUUAUUUUCUACUUUUCUAUUUGUUUUGUUAUUUCUUAUCAAUUUCAAAGUGUUUAAUUAUUACCAAUUCAAUCGAAUGCGUGAAAAAAAUCAAAAAAAGAUAUGAGAAAAAAGUAUUAAAAACAUAAAAGUGCUUCCGUGCACUUUCAUGCCUUUUACCUAUUUUACAUCAUAGAGCAGACCAAAAAUAAUACAAAAAAAAAAGGUUUGAUAACUUAGUAAAAAAUUCCAACAAAAUACAAAAAAAAAAAAAACAAAUUCAUCAUCAAAAAGAGUGCUCUUCAGGACCAAUAAGUUAAGCACAAAAACAUCAAUAAAAACAACAAAAUAAAUUAAAUAAAAGAAGAAGACAAACAAAAAAAAUCAAAAUUUAUUUCGAUACAAAAAUGGGUGACAAUAUUAUUGGUUCGGCAAGUUUUCUGCAUUUGGGGGAUGUUGUAUCUUUGUAUGCUGAAGGAAAUGUGUCGGGAUUCUUAAGUACACUUGGAUUGGUUGAUGACAGAACAGUCGUGUGCCCUGAAGCUGGAGACUUGAAUUGCCCGCCGAAGAAAUUUAGAGAUUGUCUCAUCAAAGUAUGUCCUAUGAACAGAUAUUCAGCUCAGAAGCAAUUUUGGAAAGCAGCUAAACAAAGUGGCAGUUCUAAUACUGAUACGAAUCUCCUUACCCGGCUACACCAUGCCGCAGAAAUUGAAAAGAAACAAAAUGAAACAGAAAACAAGAAACUCCUUGGCAGUUCAGUACAAUACGGCAGUGUUGUACAAAUGCUUCAUCUCAAAUCAAAUAAAUACCUAACAGUCAACAAGCGCCUUCCAUCGUUGCUCGAAAAGAACGCUAUGCGAGUUUACUUGGAUGCAAAUGGCAACGAGGGUUCAUGGUUUUACAUAAUGCCCUUCUACAAACUACGAUCAAUAGGUGACAAUGUCGUAGUGGGUGAUAAAGUGAUAUUGAAUCCUGUAAAUGCCGAUCAACAGAAUCUCCAUGUAGCUGCCAAUUACGAGCUACCCGAUAAUCCAGGAUCGAAAGAGGUUAACGUACUGAAUUCAUCAACAUCAUGGAAAAUUACACUUUUCAUGGAACACAAAGAGAAUCAAGAACAUAUUUUGAAAGGUGGUGAUGUUGUUCGUCUAUUUCAUGCCGAACAGGAAAAGUUCCUUACUAUGGACGAAUAUAAGAAACAACAGCAUGUUUUCCUGCGAACAACUGGUAGAACUAGUGCUACAGCUGCAACAAGCAGUAAAGCUUUGUGGGAAAUCGAAGUUGUUCAGCAUGAUUCUUGUCGUGGUGGAGCUGGUCAUUGGAAUUCAUUGUAUCGUUUUAAACACCUUGCAACAGGAUAUUAUCUAGCAGCUGAGCUUGAUGGUGAUACUACUUUCGAAGAUGCUUCUGAUAGUGGAAUGAGAACAAUGGACAAAUCGAAAGGCGAACAAUUUCGUUUGGUUUCGGUUCCUUAUUCAACGGAAAUCGCUUCAGUUUUUGAACUGGAUCCGACGACAAUGACAAGAGCCGAUAGUCUUGUUCCCCAGUCGAGUUAUGUUCGAUUGAGACAUUUAUGUUCGAAUACUUGGGUUCAUGCGACCUCAAUUCCAAUUGAUAUUGAUGACGACAAACCUGUUAUGUCUAAGGUUUGCUGUUCAGCCAUCAAGGAAGACAAAGAAGCAUUUGCAUUGAUUCCUGUUUCUCCUGUCGAAGUACGUGAUCUUGAUUUUGCCAAUGAUGCCUGCAAAGUAUUAGCAAAUGUGACAUCUAAAUUUGAAAAUGGAACAAUUUCGGUUAAUGAAAGAAGAGCGCUGGUAUCUCUGCUUCAAGAUAUUGUCUUUUUUAUUGCUGGCAUGGAAAACGAACAAAAUAAAACCAAAGCACUUGAAUUGACAAUCAAAAAUCCAAUUCGUGAUCGUCAAAAGCUUCUUCGAGAACAAUAUAUACUCAAGCAGUUAUUUAAAAUUCUUCAAGGUCCUUUCCAAGAGAAAGAUGGUGAGCCACCAUUUCUUCGAUUAGACGAUUUAAGUGAUCCUAAAAAUAGUCCAUAUAAAAAUAUAUUUCGUUUGUGUUAUCGAAUUUUGAGAUUGUCUCAACAAGAUUACAGGAAGAAUCAGGAAUAUAUUGCAAAACAUUUUGGACUAAUGCAAAAACAAAUUGGUUAUGAUAUUCUAGCCGAAGAUACAAUCACAGCAUUGUUACAUAAUAAUCGAAAACUUCUUGAAAAACAUAUAACAGCUUCAGAGAUUGAAACAUUUGUUGGAUUGGUUCGCAAGAAUAUGCUUUGUUGGGAUUCUAGAUUCUUGGAUUAUCUAUCUGAUUUGUGUGUGUCAAAUAGGAAGGCAAUUGCUGUAACACAAGAAUUAAUAUGUAAAAGUGUUUUGAGCUCAAAAAAUGCUGACAUUCUUAUUGAAACGCAUAUCAAACGAUCGCCUGUGAAGAAACAAUCGAAUCAGGAUAUUGAUUUGGAAACAUUGGAAGAAGAUAAUGAUAGUUUGUUGGUAGAAAUAAAUGGUGAUAAUACAGUGAUAAAUUCGAAUAACUAUGAAAUUCAUUUGCAAUGGAAGGGCCAACCGAAAUCGAAAUCCAUGGCAGAAUUGGCUAGUUCAUCAUGUCAAGGUAGAACCGAAGAAGGUGAAAUUCUCAAUUACUAUCGCCAUCAAUUGAAUUUAUUCUCGAAUAUGUGCCUGAAUAGGCAAUAUCUCGCAUUAAAUAAUCUCUCACCCCAACUUAAUAUUGAUUUAAUUUUAAGAUGUAUGGCAGAUGAAACAAUUCCUUAUGAAUUAAGAGCAUCAUUUUGUCGACUUAUGUUGCAUUUACACGUUGAUCGUGAUCCACAGGAGCCAGUUACUCCUGUUAAAUAUGCUAGAUUGUGGAGUGAAAUCUCAUCAAAAAUGUCUAUUCAAGACUAUGACUACAAAAAACAUCCUGAUUGCAACAAGGAAGCAGUUCGUGCUAAGUUUAAUACAACUAUUGUCUUUGUUGAGAAUUAUUUAUGUAAUGUUGCAGUUAAAGCGUGGCUUUUUACCGAUCAAGAGCAAAAUAAAUUGACAUUUGAGGUUGUUAAGCUUGCACGAGAUUUGAUCUACUUUGGAUUCUACAGCUUCAGUGAUCUACUGCGUUUAACUAAAACGUUGCUUUGUAUUCUGGAUUGCGUUUCAAAUAACAAUACAAGUGCAAGUGCUCGUUACAAUGCGAACGAUGUUGAAUCUGAAGGCGGUGUUCUUCGUUCUAUUGGUGACAUGAAUACUGUUAUGACAUCUCUUGCACUUGGUCCUAUUGGAUCUGCCAUGGCUACACCGACAAUUCAACAGCGAAAAUCCAUCAGUCAAAUGAAAGAGUAUCCACUCGUGAUGGACACAAAAUUAAAAAUAAUCGAAAUCUUACAAUUCAUUCUUGAUGUCCGUUUGGAUUAUCGAAUUAGUUGUUUGUUAUCGAUUUUUAAACGAGAAUUCGAUGAGACUGAAACCCAACCAACCGAAUCGAUGAUAAAUGCCCGUCAAAAGAACAUUGAUCUGGAAUCAAUUGGUAUUCAAGCUGAGGGAAUAUUUGGCAGUGAUGGCGAUGUUGCCAAUUUGGAUCUAGAUGGACAAGGUGGUCGAACAUUUUUGAGAGUGUUAUUACAUCUCAUAAUGCAUGAUUAUCCUCCAUUGGUUUCUGGAGCAUUGCAUCUACUUUUUAGACAUUUUAGCCAGAGGCAAGAAGUCUUGCAUGCUUUUCGACAGGUUCAACUUUUGGUUUCAGACAGCGACGUUGAAUCAUACAAACAGAUUAAAUCUGAUUUGGACAUUCUAAGACAAAGUGUGGAAAAAUCUGAGUUGUGGGUAUAUAAAUCCAAAGCAAUGGAAGAGAAUGCUAUGGUAGUUCCUGUUGAUCGAUCGCUAGAAAAAUCACUCGAAACUACACUCAGUUCCGAAUACAGAGCAUCUCUGAGUCUGGAACAAUUAACAGAGUAUCAAAAAGUCAAGGACAUUCUUAUUCGAAUGAAUAAGUUUUGUGUAACCAGUGGUUCAAACAUUAAACCACGCAAACAUGAACAACGGCUAUUGAGGAAUGUCGGUGUCCACACGGUGGUUUUGGAUUUAUUGCAAAAUCCCUACGAUGAAAAGGAUGAUGUUCUUAUGCAAGAGUUAAUGUGUUUGGCACACGAAUUUUUGGAAAACUUUUGUCUGGGCAAUCAGCAAAAUCAAGUGUUGCUGCAUGAUCAUUUGGAUUUGUUUCUUAAUCCUGGAAUACUGGAAGCCAAAACUGUGUGUGCCAUCUUCAAAGAUAAUCUAUCUCUUUGCAAUGAAGUUACUGACAAAGUGGUUCAACAUUUUGUUCAUUGUAUUGAAAUCCAUGGUCGACAUGUUGUCUACUUACAAUUCCUCCAAACCAUUGUCAAGGCUGAAAAUCAAUUUAUACGCAAAUGUCAAGAUAUGGUUAUGCAAGAGCUCAUAAAUGCAGGCGAAGAUGUCCUAGUCUUCUAUAACGACAAAACAUCCUUCAAUCAAUUUGUCACUAUGAUGCGAAAAACUAACAAAGAACAACCUUUAUCCGAUGACAAUCCACUCAAGUAUCAUGUUGAACUUGUGAAGCUGCUAGCUUGUUGUACAAUGGGCAAGAAUGUUUACACCGAAAUCAAAUGCAACAAUUUGUUGUCUCUUGAUGAUAUUGUUACUGUAAUUUGCCAUCCGGAUUGUAUACCUGAAGUCAAGGAAGCUUAUGUCGACUUUUUGAAUCACUGUUAUAUCGAUACCGAAGUGGAAAUGAAAGAAAUCUACUCGUCGGGACACAUGUGGAACUUGUUUGAAAAGUCAUUCCUUGCUGAUAUCAAUCAGCUUAUUGCCAUCAUUCAAGUGGAACAAAAUAAAGCCCUGAUAAACUAUGUACUGACUGGAGUAAUGACCAUUUUAGGUACAUUCUUUAGCAGUCCAUUUUCUGAUGGGAGUACAAUUGUCCAAACACGCCAAAUGAUAUUCGUGCAGCUGCUGCAAGCCACGUAUAAAUUAUCUCAAUGCAAAUGGUUAUCUCUAGCUGAACGUUUCAAUGUCGAAAAUUGCAUUAAAACUCUCUCGGAAUCAGCAAAGACUAGGAAUAUUGCGAUACCAUUGGACUUGGAACAAAAAGUAGUAUCGAUGUCGAGUAAAACGGCGUUGCUUACACGACAGACUACCAAAUGGUUGCUGGCUUCAAAACAACCAAAGUACGAUAGCGCUUACUAUUCAAACUGUAUGCGAAUGGACCGAAGUAUAAUUGAAGGUCUUCAAGACAUCGUAUCUCUGUUGGAGGACCAAUUGAAGCCAUUGGUUGAAGCGGAAUUGUCUCUAUUAGUUGAUAUACUCUAUCGUUCCGAGUUGUUAUUCCCCAAAGGUACAGAGUCGCGCAAAAAAUGUGAGAGUGGAGGAUUCAUUCGAAAACUUAUCAAGCACACCGAAAAGCUUUUAGAAGAGAAAGAAGAAAAGCUCUGUGUGAAAGUUCUUAGAACUCUUCGAGAGAUGAUGGCUUUUGAUGUCAAUUAUGGAGAAAAGGGUGAUUCUCUUCGAAAUUCUUUGUUAAUUCGUUACUUUGGCAAAGGAUUUUCACAGAAAUCCAUAGAAGGAGGAGAUAGUCGUCGACAGCAUAUUGUUACACAUGGGCCCGGAGCCAAAUAUCUUAUUCGUGCUGGGAAGACACUUCAUGAAGUUCAAAAUCAUCUAGAUCGUGAAGGAGCAUCAGAUUUGGUUGUGGAACUUGUCAUCAAAUCUGUUCAUUCUCCUUCAAUAUUUGUCGAGGCGGCUGAGCUGGGCAUAGCCCUUCUUGAAGGUGGAAAUCCAAUCAUUCAGAAGGGAAUGUUCACUAAAUUUCUCAGUGGUGACUUGAACCAAGCAUUUUUCAAAGUUUUCUUUGAGAAAAUGAAAGACUCACAGCAAGAGAUCAAAUCGACUGUUACAGUUAACACGUCUGACAUUGCUGCAAAAGCUCAUGAAUCUAAGCCACAUGAUAUGAGUUUAGAAUUGGAGAAAAUCUCACGAAAACAUGGUGUGAAAAGCAAUGGAGUGGUUAUAACGGAAGAAUUGAAGAAGGAACUGCACAAUGCUGGACUAGCAACUGCAAGAGCUUACAGUCAUGCUCGCAAUAUGGCUACUGGAGAUGAUACAUCUGCAUUGAAUAUAUCAAGUCCUCUUGAAGAUAUCUUAGCUGAAAAACUGGAAAAGAACAAAGACAAAGAUGAUCGCAAUAAACUUUCAAAUAAAGUUCUUGUAAUGCAACCAAUUUUGAGAUUUCUUCAGCUUCUUUGCGAGAAUCACAAUCCAGAUUUGCAAAAUCUCCUUCGAAAUCAAAAUCAAAAGACAAACUAUAAUCUCGUAUCGGAGACUCUGAUGUUCUUGGACUGCAUUUGUGGCUCUACUACUGGCGGCUUGGGGCUGCUUGGCCUGUAUAUCAAUGAGAAUAAUGUGGCUCUUAUAAAUCAGACGCUUGAAACACUCACCGAGUAUUGUCAGGGACCAUGUCAUGAAAACCAAAAUUGCAUAGCAACUCAUGAAUCAAAUGGACUGGACAUUAUAACCGCUUUGAUUAUGAACAAUAUAAAUCCGUUGGGUGAAAAUCGUAUGGAUUUGGUUUUGGAGCUGAAAAAUAAUGCAUCGAAAUUGCUAUUGGCCAUAAUGGAGUCACGUGGGGAUAGUGAAAAUGCUGAAAGAAUUUUAUAUAAUAUGAAUCCUAAACAAUUGGUUGAAGUUGCAUGUAAAGCUUAUCAUCAAGAAGAAAUGGUCGAUGAGAGUGAACAUGAUGAUGCUGAGCCUGAAGACGACGAUGCUACAGUUUCACCUCGCGAAGUUGGUCAUAAUAUAUACAUUUUGUGCCAUCAGCUGGCACAGCAUAAUAAAGAUUUGGCCACACUGCUGAAGUCUUCGGAUGAGGCAUUGAAUUUCGAUUCGAAAAUGAGUCAAGCACUGAUGUAUUACGCAACGCAUACAGCACAGAUUGAAAUUGUUCGAAAUGAUAGAACAUUGGAACAAAUUGUAUUUCCUAUACCUGAAAUAUGUGAAUAUCUAACGACUGAUACCAAAACUAAGAUUUUAAACACAGCUGAGAGAGAUGACCAAGGAUCAAAAGUGGCUGAUUUCUUCGACCGAGCCGAAGAGAUGUUUAAUGAAAUGAAAUGGCAAAAGAAACUUAGAGGUCAACCUGCACUGUUUUGGGUCAGUAGCUAUAUGUCAUUAUGGGCAAGUAUACUUUUCAAUUGUGUCGUUGUGAUAAAUAUGAUUGUCGCAUUCUUCUAUCCUUUCGAUAACACUGUUCCCGAACUUCUUCCGCACGUUUCUUGGCUUUUUUGGGCAAUAAUGUUAUUUUCUCUUGUGAUUGUCAUAAUGUUGCCACGCGAAUCUGGUAUUCGAACUCUAAUUGGUUCAGUGAUAUUACGGUUUAUAUUUCUUAUAGGACCGGAACCAACUCUUUGGUUAUUGGGAUCAGUAACUGUGGCAUUAAAAGGAGUUCACAUAAUAAGUAUCAUGGGCAAUCAAGGAACUCUGGAGAAGAACUUUUUAAAACUUAUUACAGACUUUCAACUUUUUUACCACUUUGGGUACAUAUGUUUUGUCUUUUGUGGCCUUCUAGUUCAUCCAUUUUUCUAUUCUCUAUUGUUAUUCGACGUAGUUUAUCGCGAAGAGACAUUAGUAAAUGUUAUUCGAUCUGUUACACGAAAUGGUCGAUCGAUUGUUCUUACAGCUGUUUUGGCUCUUAUUCUUGUAUACCUUUUCUCUAUAAUAGGCUAUAUAUUCUUUAAAGAUGACUUUUUAGUACCUGUUGAUCCCGAUUUGCCUUUAGAAGAGAAUGAACCACUUAUAAAUCACCUAACUGGGCAACCAAUCGAUGGUGAUUCAUGUAUUUCUCCUGAAGAUGUUGCCAAAAUGCGUAGCGAACCAGCAGAUGGCGAGCAAAAGGAACGUGCCUGCGAUUCAUUGGUCAUGUGUAUUGUAACAACACUGAAUCAAGGUUUACGCAAUGGAGGUGGUAUUGGUGAUAUUUUAAGAGCUCCGUCUAGUAAGGAAGGACUCUUUGCAGCACGUGUCAUCUAUGAUCUUCUCUUCUUCUUUAUUGUGAUUAUUAUUGUACUUAAUUUAAUUUUCGGUGUGAUAAUCGAUACAUUUGCCGAUCUCAGAAGUGAAAAACAACAAAAGGAGCUAAUUUUGAAGAAUACCUGUUUCAUUUGUGGUUUGAAUAGGUCGGCAUUCGAUAACAAAACCGUUAGUUUUGAAGAACAUAUCAAAAGCGAACACAACAUGUGGCACUAUUUGUACUUUAUUGUCUUGGUCAAAGUGAAAGAUCCAACCGAAUUCACUGGACCCGAAAGUUAUGUCUAUGGAAUGGUUAAAGCUGGUAUCUUAGAUUGGUUUCCAAGAUUGCGAGCUAUGUCAUUGGCAGCAGUUGAUUCAGAUGGUGAUCAAAUUGAAUUGAGAAGUUUGCAAGUGAAUUUGGAAGAAACCCAAAUAUUGGUAACGAAUUUAUCACAGCAAUUGCGCGAGCUUAAAGACCACAUGACAGAACAAAGGAAGCAGAAACAGAGGUUGGGUCUAUUGAAUCCUGGGGCAUCCUUGGCCGGAUAUCAGUUCGGUUGAAAAAUAUAGUAGACAAAAAUGUGUGUAUAGAAAAUAUAUAGAUUAGAAAAGUAUAUAAAAACAGUUAUGCAAAUGGCAGCGAUAAAUGCAUUUGUAAUUUAUUUUUAGAUCUGAUAAAUAAAUAAGUUGGAUGUUUGUGUUUUAAGUCAAAUAA